GCAUCUUCCUGUAACGGAGGCUUCAUCAUGUUCAGGAAGAAACUCGAUAAUCGCAUCCGUGUCCAAAUUGAAAAUGGUGUAACGCAGCGCCAAAGGACUAUGUUCAUCAUUGUCGGAGAUCAUGGCAGAGAUCAGGUGGUUAUACUUCACCAUAUGCUGUCUAAAGCUACAGUAAAGGCCAGGCCAUCUGUGCUGUGGUGUUACAAGAAGGAGCUUGGCUUCAGCAGUCACAGAAAGAAGCGAAUGAGGCAGUUACAGAAGAAGAUAAAAAGUGGAACACUUGAUCUCAAGCAGGAUGAUCCUUUUGAGCUUUUUGUUGCUGCAACCAGCAUUCGAUAUUGUUAUUACAAUGAGACUCAUAAAAUCCUGGGUAACACUUACGGAAUGUGUGUUCUACAGGACUUUGAAGCCCUGACUCCAAAUCUGUUAGCCAGGACUAUUGAGACAGUGGAAGGAGGUGGACUUGUUGUGAUUCUACUGAGAACUGUCAACUCGUUGAAGCAGCUUUAUACGAUGACAAUGGAUGUCCAUGCUCGAUUCAGAACAGAAUCACAUCAGGAUGUGGUUGGCAGAUUCAAUGAAAGAUUCAUACUUUCCCUGGCAUCCUGCAAGAAUUGUGUUGUGAUAAAUGAUCAGCUGGACAUACUACCACUUUCGAGCCACAUUUCCAACAUCAAACCUAUUCCACCAAAAUCUAUGGAUGAAAGACUAAUGCCUCAUGAGGUUGAACUGAAAGAACUUAAAGAAUCUCUACAUGAUACACAACCAGUCGGAGUGCUUGUUGAUGGCUGUAAAACACUUGAUCAGGCAAAAGCAGUACUGAAAUUCAUUGAAGCUAUUUCGGAGAAGACGCUUCGGUGCACGGUUACACUAACUGCUGCCAGAGGCCGUGGUAAAUCUGCUGCAUUGGGACUCGCUAUUGCAGGAGCUGUGGCAUUUGGAUAUUCUAAUAUCUUUGUCACCUCACCAAGUCCGGACAACUUAAACACCCUGUUUGAAUUUGUUUUUAAAGGAUUUGAUGCAUUACAGUAUCAGGAACAUUUAGACUAUGAAAUAGUUCAGUCCUUAAAUCCGGAAUUCAACAAAGCUGUGGUUCGCGUUAAUAUCUACAAGGAGCACAGGCAAACCAUCCAGUACAUCCACCCUGCAGAUGCAGUUAAACUGGGCCAGGCUGAGCUGAUGGUAAUUGAUGAGGCAGCUGCCAUUCCCCUCCCAUUGGUGAAGAAACUGCUGGGCCCAUAUCUUGUCUUCAUGGCCUCUACCAUUAAUGGGUAUGAAGGGACAGGUCGUUCACUGUCUUUAAAACUGAUCCAGCAACUGCGCCAACAAAAUGAUCAGAGCCAAAUCACCAUGACUGCAGAGAAUAAAGUCACUUCCACCGCGAAACUCAGCACAGUACGGACCCUGCAUGAAGUUUCUUUGCAUGAGGCAAUUCGAUAUGCUCCUGGAGAUCCAGUGGAGAAGUGGUUGAAUGAUCUGCUGUGCUUAGACUGUCUGAACAUUAGUCGAAUCAUUUCAGGCUACCCUCUCCCAGAGUUGUGUGAUCUCUACUACGUGAAAAGGGACACGUUGUUCUGUUACCAUAAAGCAUCUGAGACCUUUCUGCACAGAUUGAUGUCUCUCUAUGUGGCAUCCCAUUACAAGAAUAGCCCCAAUGACCUUCAGAUACUUUCCGAUGCUCCUGCUCACCAUCUUUUCUGCCUGUUACCCCCUGUGCAACCUACUCAGAAUUCACUGCCAGAAGUACUUGCUGUCAUACAGGUGGCCCUUGAAGGAGAGAUCUCGCGUCAGUCUGUUAUGAACAGCCUCUCUCGUGGGAAGAAAGCAUUUGGAGAUCUGAUUCCAUGGAUUGUGUCAGAACAGUUUCAGGAUCCAGACUUUGGAAGCUUGUCUGGAGGGCGCAUUGUCCGAAUUGCAGUCCACCCAGAUUGCCAAAGGAUGGGAUAUGGAAGCCGGGCAGUGCAGUUGCUGCAAAUGUACUAUGAAGGGAAAUUCCCUUGUCUAGAGGAGCAAGAAAGCCAUAAGCCCACAGAAAUAACCACCGUUGGCAGUGAGGCUGUAGGUUUACUAGAUGAGGUGUUGGCUCCACGCAAAGACUUGCCACCGUUGCUGCUGAAACUCAGUGAACGCCCUCCAGAAAAGCUUGACUAUCUUGGAGUAUCAUAUGGCCUCACAUCCCAGCUUCUCAAGUUCUGGAAGAAAGCUGGAUAUGUUCCAGUAUAUCUAAGACAGACAUCUAAUGAGCUCACUGGUGAACAUUCCUGUAUCAUGUUGAAGAGACUGAAUGCAGAGGAGGAUGUGGAAUCUACAGAGGAAAAUUGGCUGUCUGCCUUCUGGUCAGAUUUCCGAAGACGAUUCCUGUCUCUCCUAUCUUUCCAGUUCAGUAGUUUCCCUCCGUCAGUCGCACAAAAUAUUUUGCAGAAUAAAAACAUAAAACAUGAUUUGAAGCCACCACUUUGCAAGUCUGAGCUGGAAGCUAAAUUUACACCAUACGAUUUAAAACGAUUGGAUAUGUACUCGAGAAACAUGGCCGACUACCACCUGAUCAUGGAUUUGAUACCUAGUAUUUCUCAACUGUACUUCUUGAAUCAACUUGGUGGGAUUUCAUUAACUGCUGCACAGUCUGCACUGCUGUUGGGUAUUGGACUUCAGCACAAGUCAAUCGACCAACUUGAGAAAGAAAUUGCUCUUCCAGUAAGCCAAUUGUUAGCCUUUUUCAACAAGAUAAUCCGCAAAGUUGUUCAGCUCUUUAACAAGAUUCUGGAAAAAUCUGUGGAAGAACAGAUGAUUACCACAAAGGCGGUAGUCAUGGAACCUACGAUCAAAUCACUUUCUGAGGAUCUGGAGGAAGCAGCAAAGGAAUUCCAAGACAAACACAAACAGGAGGUUGAAAAAUUGAAAGGAAUGGAUCUAACCCAGUAUGCGAUCCGUGGAAAUGAGGAUGAAUGGAGUGACGUGUUAAAGACAGCAGGACAGAAUGCCACAGUUAUCAGCAUUCAGAGUGCCAAAAGAAAACAAGAUUCCAGAGAGAAAGUUGGCCUCCAUUUUCAGAAGAAACGGAUGAAGAUGAACAAGGAAAUGAAGCAAAAGUGGACUAAAUAAUUUAAAUACUCAAAUGAACACAUUUAAAUUGAACUGAGAAAUUUAUUUUAUAUUCAGCCUGGCCAAUGGAAAGUAAUGAAAUGCAGAAAAUGUUCAGAUAAGGUUGUCUGACUAACUUCGGUCAUUCCUCACUGUGAGAAAUAAGGUUGGCUUCAGAAAAUGAUGACAUCCCAGCGUUGGAGACCAACAAGUUUGUGUUUGCUCUACACAAUCUGAAGUUCUAGAGCUCUCCAAGAUGAUCUGAUCAGCUCUUUCUCCUCCUCCGCCCACCAAUCCCCAUUCUCCUUUCCCCCUUAUCCCAACCAUCCCUUUAAUCCACCGUUUCCACACAAUGUGCCAUUUCUAGAUUUGCUUUUGGGUUUCUUACGCAGUUGCCCCAUUUCAGACAUUUUGAAUUAUGGUGAGUGUGUGGAUUUAUACCAGUUGAAGUUAAUAUGUAAAAAUGAGACUGGCUAAAUGUAUUAAAAAUUACUUUUUUUU